AUGUGCAAGGGUAAAGUAAUUGCGGCAUUUGUUUCCAAACAUUUCCUUCCUAUUGGAACACUAUUUGUCAUCCCUCUUGGAAUUAUUUUUCCUGCUCCUGCAGUCUACCUUAAUGGAAAACUACCUGUAGUCCAGAUGUGUAUUGUAACAUUAUUUUUUGUUAUUGGAACAAAAUUUCGUUUAACAGAGAUUCAAUCAGCUCUUCGUUGUUACAGAGAGACUGCCUUGGGAAUAAUCGUUGUUCUAUUGCUCACUCCAGUUGUUGGAACGAAGUUACUAAUGUUACCAAAGUUUCGACAGGUUCCCAGUGCAGAAAAUGGUACAUUGAACAAUAGCUGGUCAAUUGAAUUACCAGAUUUUGGUCCGGAGGAAUUUCGUAUUGGUCUACAGAUAUUUUGCGUUUCUCCAUGCGCAUCAGCAUUUCCUACUGUAGUGGUGAGUGUAUACUGCACUACGGUCAGUUUAGCAUCUUUGCACUAUAAAAAAAGUAGACAAUUUUGAAAAAGCUCUUAAUUUCACAAAUCCGUUCAUUUCAUGAAAUGUUUGAUAAAUAUAGAUUGUUUGGGUGCUUAUAAUGUAGAACAAACAAAAAUCUUCCGCAUGGGGGGGUCUUUUUUAGCAGCAAUAAAAAUAGCUUGCGCACGCAAUUUAAAAGUUUAUAACGCAUUUUGUGUUCAAUCUGUUCGUGGGCGAGAAAUGUUACGUGUUUGAUAAAUGGUCCAAACAUAGCUGCUGAAACUUUCAUUUUUGGCACCAAUGCCUAUCACGCAGCUUAAUUCAUGCAUUUACCUAAUUUGCAUAUUGUUAUCCUUUCUGUGUUGGUGUAAUGUACUCAGGUGGAUAUGAUGCUUGUGAUGUUACUCGAGUGUAUAUCCACACCGGGCAAGCUUGAAAAAUACGCCUGGCCACGGUGGGAAUCAGAGUAACAUCACAAGCAUGCGAACAAACGGAGAAGGCGAACAAACGGAGAAGCGAACAUGCGAACAAACGGAGAAGGCGAACAAACGGAUUUAUUUUAUUAUUCAGUUGAAACGUGCUCAUGUACCUGAAGCUGACAUAAUACAUUUUUACACUACCUGCGUCAGACCAGUCAUGGAAUUCAGCUGUCAAGUUUUCCACUUCGCCCUUCCUUCCUACUUAUCUAAUGCCCUGGAACGGGUUCAAAAGCGUGUUUUAUCAAUCAUCUAUCCACUGACAGGUUAUGCGGAUUGUUUACAAAAAUCGGGCAUCAAACCAUUAAGUGACAGGCGUGUGGAUGCAUGCGAGAAACUGUUUAAUGAAAUCACCACAACACCAGUAGCUAAUAUGCAUAAUCAUGUACCAUCUAGAUACUUUCCAAAUUACGACCUUAGACACUCAAGGUCUUUUGUUGUUCCUCAGACCAAAACGAACAGAUUUAGAAACAGUUUUUUCCCUUCAUCUGCAAGGCAUAUCAAUAAUAUUAACUGACAAUCGAUUCUGAUAUUCAGUUUUAGACUGGCUAACAUUUUUUAGAAAUUUACUAGUUUCAUAGCUAAUUUGUAAUGUAACUUUAAACUUCUGUAAUAUAGAAUUAUAAAUUGUAAUGUAAUUUUAAACUUCUGUAAAUAUAGAAUAACUAAUUUUAAUCAUUUCUCUUGUAAAAUUUAGCACGCAAUUCAGCCUUAUUGGCUGCUAUGUGUUAAUCUUAUUAAACAAACAAUCUAUCUAUCUAUCCAUCUAUCUAGUACAUUACACCAACACAGAAGGGAUCGUGAUUACUAGAUUACAUCAUUGAUAUCGAAAGAAAUAUCACAUACUUGAACCGACCUGUCGACCGCGUAGCACAGUUGGCAGAGCAUCAGGCUAGUAUUCAAAUGUCCGUAGGUUCGAUUUCCACCGUGGCCAGGCGUAUUUUUCAAGCUUGCCCGGUGUGGAUAUACACUCAGAGUAACAUCACAAGCAUGCAUAUUGUUAUUGUAAAAAAAGUAAAAUACACCGUCGGAACUGAUGUUAACACUCGAAGAGCAUUCUGGGACAGUUCGUUGUCUGGGUUGUCCAGUUGCAAGUUCCUACAUUCAAUCCGGUAUACCAUCUAUUCUACUGUAGCAGGGUGCAUACGACUAUAAUAUAUCUUGUAUAGAUUGAAGCUAAUGCGUCGAAGUAGCCCUCUGUCAAAGAGCGAAAAAGUCCGAUUUAUCGGCGAGAUAUUGCACCGACUUGGUGAGACGUACAAUAUAUUAGUUAGCAGGAGAAGGCCCUGCAUGGUAAUAUAUGCAGAAUUGCCACACACUGGCAAUCAUUUGCUGAAUUCAUAGUCAGUGUUCGACGAACUUAUUAAUAUAUAGGCCAUGCAGCUACUUUAAUUCCUUUCUCAGUUUCUCUAUCAAGCAUAAUUGAUUUUAUGCGCGCAUUCGAUCAGUUUACAUUUCGCCGAAUGUGCCAAGGUUGCGUCUAGGUGACCAUUGCAUGAGUGACCACGCAAACAUGAAUUUUAUUUAGUAAUGCAGGAAUAAUACAUCUAUUAGAUUAUUAUUACCAAGAGAUAGGGCUGAUUUACACUUUCCAGGUUUUUUACUAGUUAGACUGAUCAAAGUUAUACUAGACUGAAAAGUAAAUUAUGCUUUAAUCAAUGUUGUUUGAUUAAUUUAAAUUAUAAUUAUAUAAUUUUAUAGUUAUUAGUAACCAGUUAUAUAACCAUACAGAAAAAAACCACAUAAAAUAACCAUGCACUACAAUAUUUUAUGUACCUGAAUAGGUACUUGUUAGAAAUCUGGUUCCAAUUUCUUGUCAAAAACAAUUGUUCCUGGUUUUUAGUGCUUCCUUAUAAUUAGUGAGCUGUUUACAGUAUGAACAUAUGACACGUCCAAUAACUGCUAUAAAAGCCUCAAAUUUGUUUAGGUUAAGACCUUUAUAUAUUUUUUAUUUUGGAUUCUUUAUUGCCCAAAUUUAAAGCUGGUGGUUCUUAAUCCACUCAUUCUUUUCUGUGAGUUUUCAGUGUAGCCCAAGCCAAACAAACAUCCAUUAGCGAGGUCGAUUAAGAAUAGGAUAUUUACUUAUUACUUGCUAAGAUUAAUUGUGCCUUGUCCUUGAUAUCGGAGUGAAACUGGUAUCUGAAACAUUUCAUCCAUGUUGAACCAAAUUUAUGUGCAUAGCUAGUUAAAGAGUUCAAUUGAUCGUUUUGCAAAGUUCAACUUGGUCGUUUUCAGUUCAGUGCAACAAAUAAGUUAUCAAUUACAAUCAGAAUAUUAUCUUUAGUGACCUAAUAAAACGGAUUAUCACAAUCGGCACAGUAGCUAGGGUAGGCUAUUAUCAGUUCAAUAUCCUAUGUCCACAUGAAAUUUAGUCAUGACAAUGACAUCAAAAUUGGAAAGGAUAUUAGUGCAUGAGAUGUGUUGUGUGUUUUAAAAGCUGUCCUCUGAUUAACGCCGUAGUGCAUCUUUAAACUACAUGCUAACCCACCGUUGUGUGUUUUAGCAAUGUUUCAUGACUGGCCAAGCAGUAUAUCAGUGUCUUACGCCUAUAUUCUAAAAGCUCACUCGCGCUCAGAGAGUGGAGGUUCAGUCUGAGCUUCUCUUUACUGUCAGUGCUGUUUUUGAAUAGCUGGAGGGUGAGUAGUCACAUAGUAAAGUACGCAUUAACCCUCCAGCUAUUCAAAAACAGCACUGACACUCAAGGGAAGCCCAGAUUGAACCUCCAUGCACUCUAUGAGUGUGAGUGAGCUUUUAGAAUACAGGCGUUAAUUUGGGGAGCAUUUUUGCGUGCAACAAACUUUAAUAUCCACAGACCCCUGACUCAUGAGCGAGUGCAGCAUACGCUAAGGUUUGAGAUAACCGAGUACGUUUCAAAUUACUAAUGGGCAAAGGCUACCUGCAGUACCAGGUUUGCCAAGAUGAGCUGGCAAUGUGGAUUACAUGUAGCACCGACUUUCUGUUGGGGCUAAUAACGACGAUUACUGGAAGAUCUCUCAAGUGCAGCCCCCACUCCUAAUGUUGGGAGCUUAGAUUACAGUUGAAUUGUAGCGUAGAUGGAAAUGAUCGAGUAGAAAUGUUUAUACAUUUAUUAGACCUAACCAGGAACAGCUGCGAAAAAGGCAACAUUAGGUCCCUGGCUGCGGCCCUGCGAUUCCAGUGCAGCGCUCUAACCAAUUGAGCUACAGAGGCCAUUUGUCGAGCUCCAACCACAAGUUCAUGCAUAUAUACUAUAGGGGUACUGCCGUGUGUAGGUUAUGGGUAAAUAUCAAGAUUUUGUUGGCAUCUCACUAGAUUGAAUAAUAGUUGAAUUGGACAUAAUUCAACUGUUAUUCAAUCGAGUGAGGCCAACAAAAUCUUGAUAUUAACUGGCCAUAACCUACACAUGGCAGUACCCUAAUAAUGUAUAUACUCUGCAGCUCAGUUGGUUAGAGUGCUGCACCGGAAUCGCAGGUUCUAUUCCUGCCAGGGACAUAAAGUUACAUUUUUCGCAGCUGUUCCUGAUUAGGUCUAAUACAUGUAUAUAAAUUUCUACUCAAUAAUUUGAUAUUCAGUACCGAUAGCUUAGAUUAUCUCCCUCUUCUCUCCUGUUGCUGCCUCGAACAUGGCUCGAUCAUGUUGUACAAAAGAUAUUGAGAAACAUAUCUUGGCUAUAUCAUGUUGUAAACGGUAUAGUGAAAAUCAGUCCUAAUGGCAAGGAUAACCUUUCCUGCAGGAGGAGACUGGAGGUAUUUACACCCCCGUGACCCGUGAUCAUAACUAUGAAAAGGACAUUGUAGUAUAUUAGCCUGAUUGUCGAGUUUAAUGACGUCCUAUUCUUUGCAGGUAACAGCAGCCAAUGGUAGUCGAGCACUGACAUUAUUGAUUGCAGUAAUAGCAACCACUAUAUCAGUCUUUACAGUUCCUGUUAUGACUACAUGGUUGAUACCAGCAUUUCAGACUGCCAGUGUUAGUAGCCUAACGAUAUUACCCAGCGUGAUUCUGUUUAUACUUUUGCCUUUGAUUGUAAGUGUCGCUUUUAUAAUAAUAUAUUGUUAGUGUAUUCCGUGAAUCAUAUUUACCGUCAUUUUGACGAAUUUGCAUUAUUAUUCAUUAGAUAUUAUUUAUUAUAUUGCUGUGGAGUCCAUCCACAAAAUGCAGCAUUUCGAUUGGAACGAGGACGAACUGAAAAACUGGCUUGACUAUUUUUUCCAUGCGGUCAAAAAAAAAUUAUAUAAAAUAACUUACUAUUCCACCCUAUGUUUGUGUUAAAACGUUGAAUGUUACAUGUUACGUAUAAUUGCCGCCAUUGAACUGUUUUUUUUGGAACGAAAAAUUAUUAUUAAUUAUUAAAAAUUAUUAAUCUGUUUUAUGUACCUAAAACUAGCUUUGAACUACUAAACUUUUCCAUUCAAUUUUCGUAACAAAUUUCUUAUAUUAUUUCUUCAGGUUGGACGACUUUUAAGAUUCACUGGAUUGGUAAAAAAGGUUGUUACCAAACUAUAUACAUCUCUGAAGUUUGUUACUUCUGGGGCUCUCCUUGUUAUGUUUUGGGUGAAAAUUAGUCAAGCAACAUCGAAAGGAGACCUUCAAAAAUUUUCACCUUGGAUGAUUGUGGCUGUAACAGCUCUUGGUACAGCUGUGAUUACGUCAUUUCUUGUUUUUACCUUCAUCCUUGCUUCUUUACUACGGCUACCUAAGAAAUCAAUCCUUGCUGUUACAGUGCUUUCAUCAGCAAGAAAUUCAAGUAUAGCUAUUACUGUUAUUGAAAAUUUACCAGGCAGUGUUGGGGACAAAGAUCUCAUGUUUUUCCCCAUAAUAUUUGUCUAUUUGGCUAUGGUUGUUAUUAUCAAUAGUUUUGGUUGUUUUAUGACAAUCAAGACAGAGGAAAAUAACAUUGAACAAGAUAAGGACACGCUUGAAGACAAAGUUGAUAGUACAGACAAAUUUACUUUAGUUAUCAAUCCCUUGGAUCAA